CCUCCUUAGGCAGUCUAACAAGAAACGACAACAGCAGAAAUCCUGCCGCAUAUCUCUUCGCUAGUGAAAAUCGUCUUAUGUGCCUUUAAAAAAGUGUUAACUUCAGCAAAAUGCGGGUCCUAGUAAUUUCUACUUUUGUGAUAUUUAGUGUGUGUACAAAGGUUAACGGCCAAGGAAAAGGAAAAGAGGAAGAAUUUCAGUGUCCCUCAGCAACAGGAACAGGAAACUUCGCGGAUCCAGUCACCUGUCGAAGAUUUUAUCAAUGCGUAGAUGGUUAUCCGUACCAAAACAGAUGUCCAUCGGGGUUGUACUUCGAUGACAUAAGCAAAUUCUGCACGUUUAAGAACGAAGCAAGAUGCGGACCGGUACCCUCAACACCGGCUCCCGCAACAGAACCACCAACAGAACUGGCAGAAAAGUGCAAUACUGCCGAAUGUCAGUUACCGUACUGUUUCUGUUCCAAGGAUGGUACUCUAAUUCCUGGGGACUUACAACCAGAAAAGACGCCACAAAUGGUUUUAUUAACAUUCGACGGUGCCGUCAAUUUGAACAAUUAUGAUCAUUACAAAAAAGUGCUAAACGGCAAAAGAAAGAAUCCGAAUGGGUGUAACAUCAAAGGAACGUUUUUUAUUUCACACGAGUACAGCAACUAUCAAAUGAUCCAAAGAUUAGCUAGCGAGGGAAACGAAAUAGCUACAGAAACAAUCUCACUACAAUCUGGUCUACAAGACAAAGGCUACGAAGAAUGGGUAGGAGAAAUGGUAGGAAUGAGAGAAAUCCUCAAACACUUUGCCAACGUUUCGAAAAGUGAAGUUGUGGGAAUGCGUGCACCGUUCUUAAAGCCCGGAAGGAACACCCAAUACAAAGUGAUGGAAGAAUUUGGAUACAUCUAUGACAGUUCCGUUGGAGUUCCAGCUUUGCCUAUUCCAGUUUGGCCUUAUACCUUAGAUUAUAAAAUACCUCAUGAGUGUAAAUCAGGAACUUGUCCUACAAAAUCAUUCCCAGGAAUUUGGGAAGUGCCACUAAAUGCUCACUACGUUGAAGGUUUUGAAGGAGGUCACUGUCCAUACUUAGAUCAAUGUGUAUUACAUAAUCACGACCCUGAAGAUGUCUUUGAAUGGCUCCAAGAAGAUUUCUUGAGGUACUACGAUCAGAACAGGGCACCUUACAUGAUGGCCUUUCAUACAAAUUGGUUUUCGAUCAAAGAGUUAGAAAAAGGACUUCAUAAAUUUCUCGACUGGGUUACGACGCUCGACGAUGUCUGGUUCGUGACCACCACCCAAGCCCUCACAUGGAUGACCGAUCCCAAAGAAGCGAACCAAAUGAACAACUACGAGCCUUGGAGUUGUUCCAAGAAAGACAAUCUUCCUCCUUCACCUUGCAAUGUGCCUAAUAAGUGCGCCCUAAGUCUCAAAAAGGAGAACUUCACCGACACCAGAUACUUGGAGACGUGCUCGGAGUGUCCGAAUCAGUACCCCUGGUUAGGGGACGCUAGUGGUUCCGGUAUACCAAAUAAGGACAAUUACGUUCCCGAUAAUGUGUGAGAACUCUCGAAAGUUGUACUGGGGACCUAGUGAAAGGUUAUAGGUAUAUUUAAACCCAUUGAAUAAAAAGAUUAUGGAAAAAGUCGGUUACAGAGAAUUUGAAUCACUUUUGAACUUUUUUGAACUUUUUCCUUGACAAUUUUUUUCUCACUUCGUUGUGAUUUUGCAUGUUUAUUUUUUGUGUUCGUUUUGCAAUUGCUUUUACGUAAAGUGAAGAAAAAAAUAAAAAAUAUUAAAAUUAAAAAAAUAUAAAUAAUGGAACAACACUUUAAUAAGUGGGCAACGGCCCAGCUACGUCGAAACACCGGUUCCCAUUAGAACACCGAAGUUAAGCGACGUAAGGCGAUACUAGUGGAUGGACGGGUGACCGGUUCGAAACUCUGUAUCGUGCUGUUGUCCAAUAAAGGCAAAAGUGUAAAAUCUAUUGACACACACUGCUCAUUCACGCCGGUUCGAGGCAGAAUGAGAUGGGAUAUCUCGUAAGUAAGAGUCGAUUUAGACUCGACCAUGAUAUGGCCGAGGACCGCGGUUCGGAUUCCGCGUAAACAAAGUAGACCCCGUGCAGAUUAGCCCUGGCA